ACCGAUCUCCUGCAGGACAAUGUGAGAGACAGAGUUGAAGCAACGCAGCUAGCUAGCAUGCCAGGAUGGAAGUGAGAAUAAUUUGAGCCACCUUAUAUUGUAACCAAAGUAUUGCUGGAAAGCCACUAUUCUGCAAGAGAAAGAGGACGCCGCGAUGGGAAUCUUGCGUUGAAGAGAAGCGGCAGGGCCAAGAAAAGGGAGAAAGAUGGGUGUCGUGCUACGGAGUCUGUUGUUGUGUAGUUUUUGUUUUCUGAUACGAGGAGCGCCACUCCUAUUGUAUGCAAACCGACGAGACCUGCGGCUUGUGGACGCGGCGCACGGGAAGGCGAACGCUACAGUGGUGGUGGGAGGACUAGAGGAUGCUGCUGCUGUGGAUUAUGUCUACUCCCAGGGGCUCAUCUACUGGAGUGACGUGAGCGAGGAGGCUAUCAAACGCACUGUUUUUAACCAAUCAGGGGCCAGCGGGGUCCAGACCGUAGUGGUGUCAGGACUGGCCUCCCCAGAUGGACUAGCCUGUGACUGGCUAGGUAGUAAACUUUACUGGACCGACUCAGAAACCAAUCGGCUUGAGGUCGCAGAGCUUGAUGGAUCUUUGCGAAAAGUUCUGUUCUGGCAAGAGCUCGAUCAGCCGAGGGCAAUAGCCUUGGAUCCAGCAAGAGGGUACAUGUACUGGACAGACUGGGGAGAAAUCCCAAAGAUUGAGCGAGCGGGAAUGGAUGGGACUAACCGUGCAAUGAUAAUCGAUAAGGAUAUCUACUGGCCGAACGGACUGACGCUGGACUACAGCCAGCAGAAACUCUACUGGGCAGAUGCCAAGUACAACUUCAUCCAUCGCUCCAACUUGGAUGGCUCCUCAAGGGAGGUAGUGGUCAAAGGAGAUCUCCCCCACCCGUUUGCCCUGACACUGUAUGAGGACACCCUCUUCUGGACUGACUGGAACACCCACUCCAUCCACUCAUGCAAGAAGCAGACAGGAGAAGACCGGCGCAAAGUCCACUCCGACAUCUUCUCACCCAUGGACAUCCAUGUCUUCAGCCCAAGGAGACAGCCCACCUCAGUGACCAGCCCUUGCUCCCUGAAGAACGGAGGUUGCUCCCACCUCUGCCUGCUGUCACCGAUGAAGCCCUACUACCAGUGUGCCUGUCCCACGGGGGUCCAGCUGCUGGAAGAUGCCAAGACCUGCCGCGACGGUGCCACUCAGAUGCUCCUCUUAGCUCGGCGAACAGACCUGCGCCGCAUCUCACUGGACACACCGGACUUUACGGACAUCAUUCUACAGGCCGAAGACAUACGCCACGCCAUCGCCAUUGACUACGACCCAGUAGAUGGACACAUCUACUGGACAGAUGACGAGGUAAAGGCCAUCCGCCGCUCCCUUCUGGAUGGGAGCGAUGCCCAGUUCGUGGUCACCUCUCAAGUCAACCAUCCUGAUGGCAUCGCUGUGGACUGGAUUGCCCGAAACUUGUAUUGGACGGAUACUGGCACUGACCGCAUCGAGGUAACACGGCUCAAUGGCACAAUGCGCAAGAUACUGAUCUCAGAAGACCUGGACGAGCCUCGAGCCAUCGUACUGGACCCAGUGGCAGGGUACAUGUACUGGACUGACUGGGGAGAAGUGCCAAAGAUCGAGCGGGCUGAUCUGGAUGGAACGGAGCGUAUUAUUAUGGUCAACACUUCACUGGGCUGGCCCAACGGCCUGGCGCUGGACUACGAUGAACGCAAGAUCUACUGGGGAGACGCCAAGACCGAUAAGAUUGAGGUGAUGAACAUGGAUGGGACCGGACGAAGGAUCUUGGUGGAGGACAAGCUGCCUCACAUCUUCGGCUUCACACUGCUGGGAGACUACAUCUAUUGGACCGACUGGCAGCGACGCAGCAUUGAACGUGUUCACAAGCGCACGGCUGAGCGGGAGUUUAUCAUUGACCAGCUUCCUGACCUGAUGGGUCUCAAGGCCACCUACGUACAUGAGGCCUACGGUACGAACCCCUGUGCAGAGAACAACGGCGGCUGCAGCCACCUCUGCCUGUACAAGCCCCAAGGGGUGCAGUGCGGCUGUCCCAUCGGCCUGGAGCUCAUCGCCGACAUGAGGACGUGCAUUGUCCCCGAGGCCUUCCUGCUGUUCUCCCGCCACACCGACAUCCGCCGCAUCUCCCUGGAGACCAACAACAACAACGUAGCCAUCCCGCUCACCGGCGUCAAGGAGGCCUCGGCACUGGACUUUGAUGUCACUGACAACCGCAUCUACUGGACCGACAUAACGCUCAAGACUAUUAGCCGUGCAUUCAUGAAUGGCAGUGACCUGGAGCAUGUGGUGGAGUUUGGUCUGGACUACCCGGAGGGUAUGGCUGUGGACUGGCUGGGCAAGAAUCUGUACUGGGCAGACACCGGUACCAACCGCAUCGAGGUGGCCAAGCUAGACGGCCAGCACCGACAGGUUCUGGUUUGGAAGGACCUGGACAGCCCCCGUGCCCUUGCCCUUGACCCAGCUGAAGGUUUCAUGUACUGGACGGAAUGGGGUGGCAAGCCAAAGAUUGACCGAGCAGCUAUGGAUGGAACUGGGCGCAUCACCCUGGUGCCUGACGUGGGCCGAGCCAACGGGCUCACCAUCGACUACGCAGAGCGCAGACUCUACUGGACUGACCUGGACACAACUUUAAUUGAGUCGUCUAAUAUGCUGGGCCAAGACCGCGAGGUGAUAGCAGAUGACCUGCCUCACCCCUUUGGCUUGACCCAGUACCAAGACUACAUUUAUUGGACCGACUGGAGCCAGCGCAGCAUUGAGCGAGCCAAUAAGACCAGUGGGCAGAACCGCACCAUCAUCCAAGGCCACCUGGACUAUGUGAUGGACAUCCUGGUGUUUCAUUCAUCCAGGCAGGGCGGCUGGAACGCCUGCGCCUCCACCAAUGGCCACUGCUCCCACCUCUGCCUGGCCGUCCCUGUCAGCAGCUUUGUCUGCGGCUGCCCUGCCCAUUUUUCCCUCAACUACGACAAUAAGACCUGCAGCGCCCCUACUUCCUUCCUGCUGUUCAGUCAGAAGACAGCUAUCAACCGCAUGGUGAUCGAUGAGCAGCAGAGUCCCGACAUCAUCCUGCCAAUCCACAGUCUCCGGAACGUCAGGGCUAUCGACUACGACCCGCUGGACAAGCAGCUGUACUGGAUCGACUCCAAGCAGAAUGUCAUUCGCCGUGCCCAGGAAGAUGGGAGCCAGAGCAUGACGGUGGUGUCGAGCUCGGUGGGUGGACCCAACCUGGGCCUGCAGCCGUAUGACCUCAGCAUUGACAUCUACAGCCGCUUCAUCUACUGGACCAGCGAGGUUACCAAUGUCAUCAAUGUCACGCGGACCGAUGGCAGCCGAGUGGGUGUGGUGCUGAGGGGGGAGCACGACAAACCCAGAGCCAUCGUGGUCAACCCAGAGAGGGGGUAUAUGUACUUCACCAACCUGUUGGAGCGUUCCCCCAAGAUCGAGCGGGCGGCACUGGAUGGCACUGAGCGGGAGGUGCUGUUUUUCAGUGGCCUGGGAAAGCCUGUAGCUUUGGCCAUCGACAACGAGGUGGGCAAGCUCUUCUGGGUGGACUCAGACCUGCGGCGCAUUGAGAGCAGUGACCUCUCUGGAGCCAAUCGUAUCGUAAUCGAGGACUCCAACAUCCUGCAGCCUGUCGGCCUGACCGUCUUUGGGAACCACCUCUACUGGAUAGACAGGCAGCAGCAAAUGAUUGAGCGCAUUGACAAGACUACACGGGAGGGACGCACCAAGAUCCAGGCUCGCAUUGCCUACCUGAGCGACAUCCAUGCUGUGCACGAGCUGGACAUGAGAGAAUACAGUAAACACCCCUGCACCUGGGACAACGGUGGCUGCUCCCACAUCUGCAUUGUGAAAGGGGAUGGAACAACUCGAUGCUCCUGUCCUGUCCAUCUGGUACUGUUACAGGACGAACUCUCCUGUGGAGAGCCCCCAACAUGUUCGCCAGAGCAGUUUUCCUGCACCUCUGGAGAGGUGGACUGCAUCCCCCAGGCCUGGCGCUGUGACGGCUACCCAGAGUGUGACGACAGCAGCGACGAGGAAGACUGUCCGGUCUGCUCCGACUCAGAGUUCCAGUGCGACAGCCGCCAGUGUGUUGACCUGAGCCACCGCUGCAACGGGGAGGUGAACUGCCAGGACCGAUCUGAUGAGAACAAGUGUGAAGUUCGCUGCCCUCCUGACCAGUUCAGCUGCUCCAAUGGCCAGUGUAUAGGAAAACAUAAGAAGUGUGACCACAACAUGGACUGCACAGACAACUCCGACGAGAUCGGCUGCUAUCCAACAGAAGAGCCGUCUCCUCAGCCCUCCAACACUAUCGGCUCCAUCGUGGGAGUGGUCAUGGCGCUGUUUGUGGUGGGAGCAGUGUACUUUGUGUGCCAGCGUGUCCUUUGUCCACAGAUGAAAGACGACGGGGAGACGGUCACCAAUGACUUUGUGGUCCACGGACCUUCCUCUGUGCCUUUAGGAUACGUACCACAUCCAAGCUCCCUGUCCGGCUCACUGCCAGGCAUGUCCAGGGGGAAGUCUGUGAUUGGCUCCCUCAGUAUCAUGGGCGGUAGCAGUGGUCCACCGUAUGACCGAGCCCACGUUACCGGAGCCUCCUCCAGCAGCUCCUCCAGUACCAAGGGCACUUACUUCCCACCGAUCCUUAACCCUCCUCCGUCCCCUGCAACGGUCCGCUCUCAGUAUACCAUGGAGUUUGGUUAUUCCUCCAACAGUCCCUCAACACACCGCUCCUACAGCUACCGGCCCUACACCUACCGCCACUUCGCCCCCCCCACCACACCAUGCAGCACCGAUGUGUGCGACAGUGACUACACACCAGGACGCCGCGCACCGCCCAAGUCCAGUGCCGCCGCCAAGGGCUACACCAGCGACCUCAACUAUGACUCGGAGCCGUUUCCGCCGCCGCCGACCCCCCGCAGCCAGUACCUGUCGGCCGAAGAGAACUGUGAGAGCUGCCCACCGUCGCCUUACACUGAGCGCAGCUACUCCCAUCACCUCUACCCACCGCCACCAUCGCCCUGCACGGACUCCUCGUGAGCCGCCGCCCCUCCCCCAAGCCGCGGCCCACACACAGCUCCGCCCCCCCUCACUGUAAAUACCAAUUGUGCAUAUUAUGAGUCUAAAAAUGGGAAAGAGAGACUGGUGAUGUAAAAGAGGAGAGGAGUAUAUUGGAGGGGGUCAGGCACCUGUACAUUACAAAAAAAUAUAAGGAGAAAAAAAAGAAAAUGGGAGUUUGCAAAUGAGCUGCAGAACAUUUGUACAUUGAAAAGAGAAAAGCAUAUUUAUAUAUUUUCUAUACAGUGUUUACUGAUAAUGCCAUAGAGGUUUGUAUUAAGAAAUUUGUACAUUUUUUUAAGAAAAGGUUUUAUUAAAAUCAUCACAAAUAUAAGUUGCCUUAAACCAGGAGAGGAGAAAAAUUACCUUCCUACAAGGCUGAAGGACACAAAAGCACAUGAAAACGGACAGCGAGACGCAAUUAAUCUGAUGCCAAAUAUGAAAAACAAUAACCAUUUUGCUCAACACUACUACAAGAUGAGGCUGUAUUGUGGAAAGAAGGAGAGCUCCCUCUGGAGGUCGCCGCCUGCCGCUACACCGCUCGGCUCGGCUCGGCUCCUCAGGCCGGGCAGCCAUUUUGUCAGCACCGGAGAAGUGAUUUCUCCAGUUACCCUGUAAAGUGGGCGAGGAGUGGCUGGAGAAGCCUUUUCAGUGGCAAAGAAUGUGGUACUGGGUCUUUAUUUUUACCUCCUCUUCAUUUUUAAAACGGUUCAUAGGAUCUUGUCUGUAUCCUUAGUUUUUUACUGCGGUGCUGUAUAUGUGAGUCAUCUGCGAGAUGCAGAAGCAGGACAGAAGUUCUGAUCUGAAGCAAUAACACUAAGGCACAUAUUUAUUAACUUUUCACUACCCUUGCUCGGCAUACCAGUCGCCACUAACUGUAUCGACGAGGCCACUCGUAUGCACAACUGUUGGGGCUCGGUCAGAAGUUUGAGACACAGAAUUGUUGUCCCACUAAAUGACGGCAGCAUGGCUCACAUCUAAUUCAUCGCUGAUAUACAGACAGGAUGAAAACCAAAAUGUAGGCUGUGUUUGUCCUUCUGUUUUUACACCUCUAUUUUUUUUUUUUUUUUAAUUAUAAUGCCAGACUGCAACUUUAUAAACCCUGUUUGAGUGAAACAAGACCCAAAGCACAUCAGUUAUAGGGCGCAUUCAUUGCUUUUGACGCUCAAAAUCUCUUUCCUCAGCUUGGUUUGAUCCCCCGGCUCUCGUUGGGGGGAAGCAGCGUUUCCUUCCCACCAAGGACAAGAUCUCGUGCCUGACACAUGUUCAUUUUUUUUUUCCUUAAUUUUUUUUUUUUUUAACACAAAGGAAAUCCAGUGCCCACUAAAUGCUAUAGUAUUUUUGUACCACAUAUUGUGUAGAUAACGUAUUUAUAAGCUAUAUAGAAAUUCAUUGUAAAUCUAUCCAUUGAAUUCUUGCAGUACUUUCUUUUCAUUCCGUCUUUUUUUUAUAUGCCUCAUUAUAUUUUUCUACAAAAAAAUAUCACUCCAAAAGUAUGGCGACAAUCUCAAGACAGAUCAGUCAAAACGAAGAACAUAUCCAGGUAUUCCUGUAUUUGUACGGAGAGUUAUGUGUACGCUUACCUACCGCUCACAGGUCAAUCUGAUUUUGAAGGACUUCUCGUGCCAAAUCCUAAUAUUUUUUACAAUCUGAGGUAGAUUGUCGUCGCCUCCUCACUGAGUCCAGUUGGGAACUGGAGGCCUUGUUCUGCGAACGGAGGCAGGAAGAAAAUGCUGAGCUGGGACCAUGGGUCUACAUGAGGUGGCAUCUAUUCUGUUGCCUUUAUGCUCGUAUCAACAAUCUCUUUUUGUAAAAGUGUUCUGUCUUUGUGCUGUCUUGUGAUGACCAGAAAUCUAUUUUUCAAGGUAACUCGUUGCAUUGUCUAAAAUGUUCGUCUUGAGGGAGGAUUGUCAUAAUCGACACUGGUUUAGUAUUCCUCCCUGUUGUCAAAUGUUUGGAAUGGGUACAGGUUCUACUUCUGAGGUUUUUUUUUUUUUUUUAAGGAGAAUUUGUGGAAAUGUAUUGUUUAUCUUCUGAACGUCAGUUUUUCUUUCUUUCUUUUUUCUUUUCCACCUUGCUCUUUCCUACAUCCAAAUUUCCCUGUAGUGAAGAGAAAUACACCAGCAUGAAUUUGAAGACAAUCUAUUGUUCACCUUGCCAACACUUUUAAGUUGUUUAUAUUCUUCAAAGUGUGUCUGUUGGUUUUCAAAGGGCAAAGUGUGUGUAUUAAGACAGGCGAUUUGAUGUUUCAUAUAGGCUAUAUAUAGGCUAUAUAUAUAUUUUAUUUCCAUUGAAAGCAGUGAUACUCAAUCUCAGACCUGACAUGCUGCUUUUUGUUGGGCCGCCGGCUCGCACAGGAAAUUAAACAUGUCUGUUUAUCCGAAUGGAAACCCAAAACCAGUAAUGACACCAAAUGUAUAUCUCGGACCAGUCAUUCUGUCGCUCCCCCACUGCCUCCAUAUACCUUCAACUCUGUGCCAUAUUUCUGUCAACAUGUAAACGAGCCAAGAACUGCCUGUGGUACAAUCACUCAUUUACAUGCACAUCCAUGUCAAACUAAACAUUGUUCGGAGAGGUUCUCAUUCUCUUAACUGCACUUUACAGUACUUACGCUGAUUUCCGGUACAACACUACCAUGUUAUCAUGCAGCUGACGUAGAUUUAGGCCUAUGUAAGGGUGGAUGUUUGUGUGUGGAAGUGUCCAUAUGAGAGGGAAUACAAAAGAUCGACUCGGUCAGGAAAAGAAAGUUUUGCUGUCUACAUCCAAACGUGCAGCAAGGCACAGCGAAAACGGGAGAGAUCUGGCAGGAAGCACAGACAGGAACAGGACUAAUUGAAUCAGAAAGCUGACCGUCAGGCUCAGUGUGAUGAUUGAUUUCAACCAUCAUCUUCCUCCGAGCUCACAGCCUUGUGUUCUGCGAGACGGAGCUUCACAAUGUUUGUUCAGAACGGCUGCUGUCUCUAAGUGAUAAGCAAUGGACAUUGUACAGAUUGUGAAGAAAGUGGUGCAAAAAAAGGUCAAAGAAAGUUGUUCUGUUGUUUUAAAAAGAUGUACUCGUCAAGGUGGAAAUGCCGAGGUUAAGUCAUUUGAAAAAAAAAAAUAAAGCACUUUUGUCUCCAUGUUA